CAGACAGAGGAAGAGGCUCUGUGGGUGCAGUUCAUGUUAGCCUUCACUGUUGCUGUUAGCAGGCACCCCUGACAAGUGCCUCGCACAGUGUACUCCUAAAACGCGUUUCUGUUUACUAAACUAGCUUCAAGAGUUCAAAUCCAGGAACUUUAACGAUUCCUGCGCCAAGAUGAGCUUCCUGUUUGGUAGUCGCUCAUCUAAGACCUUCAAGCCGAAGAAGAACAUCCCAGAGGGCUCCCACCAGUAUGAGCUGCUGAAACACGCAGAGGCAACGCUGGGUAGCGGAAACCUGAGACAGGCUGUCAUGCUGCCAGAGGGAGAGGAUCUCAAUGAAUGGAUUGCAGUGAAUACGGUGGAUUUCUUCAACCAGAUCAACAUGCUGUACGGUACCAUCACCGAGUUCUGCACCGAGACGAGCUGCUCCGUGAUGUCUGCAGGACCAAGGUAUGAGUAUCACUGGGCUGAUGGCACCAAUAUUAAGAAGCCCAUCAAAUGUUCUGCGCCCAAGUACAUUGACUAUUUGAUGACCUGGGUGCAGGAUCAGCUGGAUGAUGAGACACUUUUUCCCUCCAAGAUCGGAGUUCCCUUUCCCAAGAAUUUCAUGUCUGUGGCCAAAACCAUCCUGAAGCGCCUGUUCAGGGUUUACGCUCACAUCUACCACCAGCAUUUUGACUCUGUGAUGCAGCUGCAGGAGGAGGCCCACCUCAACACCUCCUUCAAGCACUUCAUUUUCUUUGUUCAGGAGUUCAACCUCAUUGACCGGCGAGAGCUCGCCCCCCUGCACGACUUGAUCGAGAAGCUUGGAUCAAAGGACAGAUAGACAUUUCAUCACACGUCUUCCCUUCAUAACCUUUUUUUCCUCCUUUUUUUCGCUGUCUGUGACCUCUUCUACCUCUGACUUCUAGCCUCAGCUCUGAAAAUCUGUGCCUUCCUCCCCGUAUCUCCUGAAUCUUUGCUGUAUUCUUUGCCUUUUGUUCCUUUCUGUUGUUUGCUGUCUUUGAGCCUUUGUUUUUUGUUUAACUUUAGCUUCACAAGAUCAUAAAAUAAUGUUGUAGAGUAAACUUUUUUUAUACAGGACUGUGGUUAAUGACUCUUUAAGAGCAACCUACUGAUGUUUUUUUUUAAUUGGACCAAGGACAUUUGGAAGUUAAAGUGAAACACAGCUUCUCUUUUUGAAGCUGCUGAGCAGGGUUUGCUAACACUUGCUAUUUAGUAAUUCCUUUUGUUAACUGAUCCGCUGUAAUUACAGAAACUGACCAAACAUAGGUUUUUCCUUUUUCUUUUGUUUUGUUUUUGUUUUUUUUAACUCUCUGUCAUUAGUUUACAGGGAGAGUAAAAGGAAGGAUGGGAGGUAGUGACGUUAACAAAGGUUUUCGGAGGGCUUUUGUAACAUUACAUGAAGGCAGGCACAAAAAUGUAACAGUAUAUUAUAAUAUAUUAACAGUAUGUAGAGCUCUCUGUCACAUGCUAGUUGUGUAUCUGAUAUCCCACACACGUUAACAGGGGUCUGAUUAUGUGACGAGAUUCAGUGAUAGUUAAUCGUAAGGUGCCUUUCCUCUUACACCAUAAAAGAACAUCACCUUAGACUCCAGUAGUUUCAGUUUGGUCACACAUUACUGUCUUUUUGCACUUUUUUUCCUUCCUUAUUUGGUUAAAAUAGUAAAAUGUGAGAUAUAGUGCUUUUUAUUUACAAUUUGGUUCCACCUAUAGCUUUUAUAAUGACCCUGUGAAGGGACUAUGUAGUGUAAAAUCAACCUGUUAACAGCAAAAUAUAAUCUGUGAACUUUUUUUUAAAUUUUAGUUCUUUUCUGUGGUGCCGAUCAACUUUUUUUUUUUAAGUCAGUGCUGGUACUUAUUUUCUUUUCUUUUUCCUUUUAUUUUAAAAAUUUGUACUAAAUAUUCCUCCCUGAAUUGGACCAUAGGGGUUAUAACUAUUGCUAUUAUUACACAUGUACACCUGAGAUGUAUGCAGUAUUUCAGGCAUGGUCAUUUCCUCCGGCUUCAAACAGCAGGGCUGUUUGUACUAACAUCUCUUCAUAAACUGAAGCAGAUUAUAUUCCUGAUGAAUGCUUUGUCUGGUUUUAUCAAGGGAAUUCUUGUUGGACCUAAAUUUCUAUUGGACAAUCAUGUGACCAAUUAUGAGCUUAAAUUAUGCACAACAGGAACUAACUGUUAGAUUUAGGCGCAGCAGGAUUCGUUUUAUUUUUUGUUACCACUUUGUAAGAAAGACUUGUCGUCAUACCAAGGUAAACGUGUAACUGUAAACUUUUAGUUCACGGCUCACAAGAUGCUAGUCAAGUCAGUACUCUGCAGGCAUUUCCAGGCAUUACUUUGAAUCUGUAUUCAGUCACGUUUUUGAAAUGUAUUUGCUUUUUUUCCCUCACAAUUUUUAUUUUUAAGCUUUUGGUAUGACGUUACAUUUCAUAUUGCAUUGCAAAAUGUUGGCUUUACCUUUUGAAUCUUGUAUAACAAAAAGGGCUUUGAAAUGAAUGAAACCAGUUUUUUGUUUUGUUUUUUUAUUGGACCAAUUGUUGGCUGGUCAUUCAGGCUAAGAAAGAGUUGUUUGUAUGUACCACGUCCACACAUUUGCUGUACAUAAGAUCAGUGUUUUAUCUGAACAAACCUGUGCCUUACCAUAAUGGGUCUGAUAUGAUGGCAUUGAUAGAUCAGAAACUCAAUAAACACUGAAAAGACA